GGCGACGUAGCCGAGGCAGUUGCUUCAAGAGAUGCGUUGUUUGCGUGCUUCGGUGCUGUUCUUGCUGCUUAAGGCCGUUUUCACGGUGGCGUGGCUGCCCGUCUGGUUCCCCCUGACGGAGCGUGCAGAUCAGGUAGUAAAAUCAUAUCCGAGGUACGGCUACGAGGGCGUCAAGAUUGAUAUCCCGAAGAAAGACAUCUUCCAAGGGAGGAUCAUAAUCGCGCCUCUCAGGACACGAGUACAUUGCGAACCGGGACAGAGACCGGAUCGUCGGGGACGAUGCAGAACGGCCUGGUGAUCAUGGUGCAUGGAGCAUGGUGCAUCAUGGAUUUCGGGAAAUGGAAGAGAAUGGAAUAAUACUACACCAAGGAAACGAGUACAUUGCGAACCGGGACAGAGACCGGAUCAUCGGGGACGAUGCAGAACGGCCUGGUGAUCAUGGUGCAUCGUGCAUGGUGCAUCAUGGAUUUCAGGAAAUGGAAGAGAAUGGAAUAAUACUACACCAAGAGCCAUCAGAUGUAGGACAUCCGAAGUGGGAGCAUUUUGUGUUCCCGGCCCGAAUUGCAGCAGGGGUCCAGCACUUCCACCCCGAUCAGAUGUCCAACACCAUCGAGGCAGGAAGUCGGUAUCGAGUCCUCCACGUGUUAAGCUUUCGAUAGCCACCCCGGACAGUUGCCGUCUCUUUGCGACCCUCCUAGGCGGACCUCCUCCGAUCGGUGCAUUCCGGGCGGUGCAUCCUAAGUGAACCUGGAUCGCUGGGGGAUCUCCCGAGGGACGUCCAGAGACCACCAGUUGAUAUCUCCGAAAAGAAACGGCGAUACCAGAGCGGUUUAACCGCCUGCACUCUGGCUCUAAAUCGCAUCCAUCCAACGAAGAUAACGACACGUGGAAAUUAACGUUGCGCGGGAAGGAGAUAGUCGAAACAAUAGAAAAUUGUUAAGGAUUGCCCGUAGGGUUGUACAUUCUCAGAAUGAAGACGGCAAUGCAAUUGUUAUACUUUACUUUUACUCCAAUUUGCUUCCAUUGAGUAGUGUUGGCUUCCGGGGUUGAAGCGAUAAAAAUGCUUUUAUUUUCAACUGCUUUACAAGUUUGAACCCGGUAAGGACCUUUGACGGUAGUUCCACGUUUCUAGAGCAGUUUGCUCCGUUAUGUACUAUUCUCUCUUGUGUUGUUCUCUAUUCCGUUCUGUACGUGAAAAUCUAGUCUUUUUGUUAACGCAAGAACACGUACGCAUAUGAAGUCUAAAAGCUUAUUGGUUCGGAAGGGAAUUCUCUCCAGUGAUUCCUCGAGGGUUUUGCAUAGGAAAUAAUCGAUUUUCUAGGAAAAUGCAUUAAUAAUCUGGCUCUCUUAGUCAAUUGGGGAAAUCAUGAGAUGUUUUCUGAUCGAAGGUUUCGGGGCAUAUCCUGGACUCAUUGUGGAUAAGGAUAAGAAUGAGCUAGGGCAGGGUGAUAGUUUUGGAGCGUGUUUCUUAGGAAUAUGCUUAGGCUAUAGAUAUGUAGACUAAUCUAAGUAUUAAUAUUAUAAUAAUGACCUAACGGCUGGGUUUAAGCUCAUCAUCUGACAAUAGUUCGGGCCUUGGACCGAUCCUGAUAGGUGAUGUGCUUGUAUGCGUUAGUUAUAUGUGCCCAUAAUUAUGAAAGUGGUCUAAGUCAAAAUUGAAAAAAAAUGAGUUUAUCAGUUAUUUCACGCCACAUUGUUUCAAACGAAAUUAAUUCAAUGUAAUUUCGAAACAAAAAAUAUAUGACUUAGACCAUUUUCAUAAUUACGGGCACAUAUACCUGCACGCAAACAUCUCAGCAUUAGGGUAGUGUAGGCAUAGUUGGAAAUCAUUAUUAGUCAAAGUUAGCAGUUAUAAUAUAAAAUUGAUGUUGUAUAUUUUACGGAUGGACAUGGGGAUACAAAUACCAAGUGAUGUGCUUGUAUGCGUUAGUUAUAUACCAGCACGUAAACAUCUUAGCAUUAGGGUAGUGUAGGCAUAGUUGGAAGUCAUUAUUAGUCAAAUUUAGCAGUUAUAAUAUAAAAUUGUAUAUUUUACGGAUGGACAUGGGGAUACAAUCACACAGUUGUGUCGAUUCUGGCUCAUCGAUAGGGUGGCGGACUCUACCUCGGUAGAUGGUUCGCUUAUACUUGUAUAUCUAGACAUUUUGGCAGUAGCGUAAAUUGUUUAUGCUACAUAGAUGUCACAGUCGGGAAAUCACCGUGUCGUCGUCAGAGGAGAGCCUUUUAGGGGAAGUUACUUCGCUACGUUGGCGAGGUUAUUUACUCAACGACGAGGAAUCGAGUAACUAAAUAUUGGCGAUUCAUAGAAGCGCGCAUCUCGCAAAAGAAAAUAGCAGUGCGAUGCUUUUGCACGUUUCACCUAGAUCGUUUACAUUCCUUAACUAAUUUGCCUACAGCCGGGCUCAUCCGGUAGGUUUAUGUACUUGCAUGGUAGAUAACGGCGUCAUUUACAGCAAUCUGUAUCACAUACGCGCGGUUCCUCCCAAGAGAUCGUCAAACUGACUCGAAAAGGACUCUCUCUUGUAUACUUUGGUGGAAAUCAGUUUUAUGUGCAAACAAAGUUGUAAGUUCGAUGAAAAUUUAUCGUAAUAGUUAUCCAUUUCAGGAAAAAAAGAAAUGAUUGUCAUUUCUGGGCAUUUUAUUUAUCUCCUCUGUAUUUUCUGAAGUUUGUUUGCAUUUGAUUCAACUCCUUUGACAGAUUAUAUACUACUAUAGUUAAUGUCAUUUAUUGAAUUAUUUAAUGUACUCUUAAUUGUACAUGUGUAGUUUCAAGAAAAGAACCGAAAUGUUUUUCACUUUAUAUCUUCUGUUGGUAAAGGGAAUAUGUAUUCUCAUUUGCAUAGGUAUUAAGUUUACCUAUCUCCGAUCCCACUUCGGCGUAAACUGUGUCUCAGUUAAUACAUAUUUGAAGCUUGACUCGAUGGCCAAGUUACGGUACUUCCUGUACUCGAAGAGCUGUUUCUAACUGUAAUGGAAGUAAGGCAUGUACGGGUGAGGAAAACAUUAACGGAAGGAAUAUAUAUUACAACUUAAAGUAACUUUCUUUUUAUCCGCGUAUUGAUACAAUGUUGACCCGUGUCCACAUACUUCAUGUAGACAACAUGCUUACCAUCAAUUACGACAAUGGUGCCUCCGGUAAAUUUAAACAGUCAUUAACAAACAUGUACCGUUCACCCUUGUCGCUACAUUAUUGAAAUAUUGUCUUCAAGCAUUCGUGGAAGAAUUUGUUCCAGUAAAAUAAACCCUCAAUGGACACAUACCUCAACUUCAGAAAUUUGUUAAUACUGUGAUCCAAUACAGAGUUUCGAUUGGGGAUUUUUUACUCACAACUUGUCAGAUCUGGGAGGAUUUAGAUAGCUUGGGGUGUAAUCUAGGAUAUCAAAUAUCUGGAGGGGACCAGAAAGAAUAUCUUUCUGGUGGAACUGAUAAAUUUAGAGUGAUUAGAGGGUGGACACGAUACAGUUAAUCCCGUUCAAUACUAAUCUCCACAAAAUGUUAAAAAUAUAUAUUCUUUACAUAAAGACAGACUUACUGCCACUCAAUGUCAAUCUACGCAUCGUGUUUAAAAGCCUAUAUUCAUAACGUAAAAAAGUGUAGAUAUUGUUGUUUCCAAAUGGGCAGACAAUCUGAGGGGAAUAUAAUUCAAGUCUUGUAACACUGACCCUGUGCCCCUUUUUCAUCUUAGCGAACAUUUCCCCGGUUAAGCAGCACUACACUUAAUUAGAGAGGGAAACAAGUCACGGUUUACCUGUAGACCUGCAAAAUUCGAAUCCCUGCAAAAAUCGGAGCAAGGGCUCAAACCGAGUUUAAAACUAGGGCAUCCACAGGAGCAACGUAGGGAUUUUGUGACGUUAAUAUAAUUUCAUCGCGAUAAGAAGGCCAAUCGAAAAAUUCAGUUUAUAGACAUUAGCUGAAGUUUCCCACCCUAAGGCCAGGUGCCUCAGUCCUGGUCAUGAUUCAAAAUACCCAGCAGGGUGCUGUCAACCCCAACAACCUCAUGCGUUACGAGGAACAGGUCGUGUCUCAUUAUCCGCGAUGCCUGAUACGGACUGUUCAGGGGUCGGGAAAAAAUGUCGCCCUCCAAGGAUACUCGAUAAGGCGACAUGUUUAUCGGUCUCCGGUCCAGGGCAUGAAAUCCUGCUUUGUGCCCCGGUUUCUCUCCUCUCCUCCACUGACGGAGUAAUUCCAUCGGCCAAAUCAUGCCGGUCAAGGUGGUUUUUCUUCGUUUCGAAGAACAUUCCGCGCUUCUGGGCAAGGAGUCUCCCACUUCGAGCCUCUCGCUUCCACUUCGGCCUCCACUUCAGGCUCCACUUCAGCCUCCACUCCAGUCUCUGCUCUCCGGCGGCGAACGGCCACUCGCGCGAGCCGCACUCCGGCCUUCCAACCUCUUCCGGUUACCACCGACGUUAAGGAUCCAUUUACGUAAUUCGGACCGCAACUUAUCCAGUUGCCCAAAGUAAUCUCAUCGCGGAGACGGCCCUCGCGCUCCCUCUCUCUCUUUUCGCGAUUAACAUCCAUUUUCGCCGAAAGACUCUUUGACUCGCGCCGCUCCUCCACGAGUACGUAUAUGAAGGAACGCGGCUAAUAGCCGUGGAGGGUGAUGCUGCAGACCGUGUAAAAAGGGACUAAUAGCUUUCUGGGUAGAACGUUUGUGCACGGAACUAGGGCAUGUUUGUACUUCGGAAAUGUCGAAGCACUUACCCUUAGUGAUGAACCAGAUCGUAAUCGUUUGCAUUUUCAUAUUUACCAAAUUCACUUUGAAUUAUGAGUUAUUUGACUAUAUUAUGAGAAUUACAACGAGACUUUUCUACCUCGGGGUGGACAUUUUAAUGUUAUCUGUAAUCUGGUAAUUAUGAAUCAUUUCAGAUAACGUCAUUGAGAUGAUAUAGUAAAUGUAAAUAAACUAAUGAAUUUGAUGUUGUGUCAUUUUAACACGAACUGAUGUUUACGUAAAUCUUUUGAAGAUCUGUAAAUGUUGAUUACAUUUGUAUUUAUGUAUGUGGUAUUAGGAAGUGCCAUAUUCAGUGCAGACGAGAAUUAGCGGUUUUCCGCCCAUGACUGCCAAGGGAAACCAGUGUUGCUUAACGUUGCGUGUCCACUUGUUGUCCUAAGGCAAGAAAAGGGUCAAUAGGUUGUAGGUUUGAUGAUAAACGGACCGUUUAAUUUAAAUGGAAAAUGCCUGGUCGUGAAAACGUUUUUUUCACUUGUCAAUGUGUCCAUGCAUGCGUUGGACCCUUCGUGAAUGCAGGAACGGAAAGGAACGAACGUCCCCCAAAAUUGCAGGAAACCGCUAAACAAGUGGAUAGUGAGGGAGGGAUAAAUGACAGACGCGUGUCUUGGCACAGUAUCGGUUAUGCGUACUUUUUAACUGAUUGCGAGGUUGUAAAAUAAAAUUGGACGAGUUCCACUUCUGUUCA